UUAAAGUCCUUGCGGCUAACCCAGGGAGGAGAGUAACCUGUGGCCCUGGGGCUGGAAGGGCAGCUUAGUUCCGGUGACUUCCUUGGCUCUCUCAUGCGCCCUCCGGAUAGCCUCUCGCUUGUCCUCUGCCAUGGCGUCUGACCCCAGGAGGGCCAUCUCUUCCUCCACCCGAGUAAGCCAGGGGCUCUUGGGCCCUGGGUCAUUGCGUGCUGGGGAGGCUGGGGUUGGCCUGCUCUCCUCUCUUGCUGGGGCGUCCUGGAAAUCAGCUUCCUCAGUGGCUGCGACCAGAUCCUCUUUGGCUAGGCCCCUCCAGGUAAGGGACAGCUGCUUGGCCCUCUCUUAAAGACAUGCCACAGUCCACUUCCUGUAUUUGCUGGGCCUGGGCCUGUUCCCCCAUACGCUGGCUUUUGCUGUCUGCCAUCUUCUCAGAGUCCUGAUCCCACCGCUGCCAACCAGUAUGUGACAGAGGGUAGACAGGACAGAACACACAGAGUAG